GAAAGCCUUUUAAAGGUUGAUCUAUCUUCCGUCUUUUGUCAAUAUCCCGUGACAGUUUGCAUCGUUUUGUAGAUCCGUGGACAGUGUUCGUGGAUUCUGUAUAAAUUAUAUGUUAUAACUUGCUAUGCGUGCAUAUUCUCUGUAACUUACGAUUAGAGCCGAUUUACUUCCAUACUAUUGAUAUACGCUUUUGUUCGGAAUGAUUAAUUUUUAAUAAUAAGAAUAAUUGGACAAGUAUCACGUUAUAAAGACGAUUGACAGAUCAUGUAAUAAUAUACAACAAACGUAAUGAAACAACGUGUAAAAUGUCACGGAGAUUAAACGAAAAGGAAUAAAAAUAAAUAUUUAAAUUUCAUUGAAAUUAAAACUGAACAUGUAGUACAUGUUUGUAAAUUUGUGUUUUAUGUAGGGAGAAAGGUGUUGCUUCUUUAAGACUUUACAAAUUGUUUCCCAUGAAAAUAAUUCCAUUUCACGUAAAUAUGGAAAAACUGUAGAGAUUAUAAUUACAACUUUGUGAAUGGUUUACGAAGCGUAACCUUCACGCCGAUCUCGAAUAGAAUGGAAGUACGUGAAAUACUCAUAUUGAUUUUUUCUCACAAUUACACGUUGUCGUGAAAAAUAAGAUGAACAGACAGUUUUACGAGAAAAUGUUUUUAAAAAUAGCCUAUAAUAUGAUAUAAACAUCGAAAAACAGUAACAUUUAACCGAAGAAAUUUUAACCAAUAAAUAAUGUGAUUAUUGUAAAUAUACUUUGUUUGUUAUAAAUGUUAUAUUUACGCUUUAAUUUUACUAUUUUUCGUAUUUAUAAAGAAUAUUUGGACAAUAAAAAUUGUAAAUAAACAUGGCUGAAGGAAUUCCAUUGAAAAUUGCUUUCCUGGAGCUGAAUGUCCCUGCAAUUGUAGCUUUCGGCAAUCCUUUGUUGGAUGUUUAUGUGUUUCUGAAAAAUAAGGAUAUCUUGAAAAAAUAUGAUCUUACGGAGGAUGGGGAAAUGGAACUCCCCAAUGAAAAAAUGCAGGAGAUAUUGGCAGAUUUACCACAAGAUUUAGAACAAAAAAUUAGUGCUGGAGGAUCUGCACAAAACUCAAUGAGGAUUUUGCAAUGGCUCUUUGAUGACACCUUUAAGAAUCAAUGCAGUAUCUAUUGUGGAGGUCUUGGAAAUGAUCCUAGGGGAGCAAUGUUGGAAAAUUUAGUUCGCUCUGCAGGUGUGGAUGCCAGAUAUGCAGUUCAUUCGAAUCUACCUACUGGACAUUGUAUAGCCCUGAUAAACGAAUCAUCCCGUAGUCUUGUUGCUAAUAUAGGUGCAGCUGGUGUAUAUACUUUAGAUGAUUUUAAGAAAACCAAUUUAUCAUUUGAUACAGUAAAAAUAAUUUAUAUCGAAGGAUUUUUCAUAACGCACAGUUUUCCUGUAGCAAAGGAACUUGUCAGAUUAGCAGAAGAAAAAAAUAUAAUUAUAGCCUUUAAUCUUAAUGGACUAUAUAUAUUCAAUGAUCAUCAUGCAGCAAUUUGUGAAAUGGUUGGCCAUGCAAAUAUUGUAUUUGGCAAUGCGAGAGAAAUGAAAGCUCUGGCUCAAUCGUUAAACAUUAGAUAUGAUGAUGUAACUGAUAUACCAUUCUUACUAAAUAGCUUAAAAAGAAUUACAGUUAAUGCUUCUAGUACAACUAAUAAAGAUUGGUUACGUCACGGCGGAAUAUUUGUUAUGAGUCAAGGUGAAUCUGCUCCAGCUAUUACAGUUUGGGGGAAGGGGGAAUCGGUUCAGGUGCAACCAAUUAAACCAAAGGCUCCUGUUAUAGAUACAACAGGCGCUGGAGAUUCUUUGGUAGCUGGUUUUUUAGCAGGUGUUUUAGUUCAAUGGAAACCGCAACGUUGCUUAGAGUAUGGUUGUAAAGUAGCAUCUUUCAUGGUAACGAGACUUGGAGUUACGCUACCAGCCAAAGUGCCAUUGGAUUUAGUAGUAUAUAAUACUAUAUUUGCUUGUUGAGUUUUAUUAGAAGGAAGUCGUGAUAAUAGCGGUAUAAAAUUUUGUGUCUGUUUAUGUGCGUCUAUAUUGUAAACAUAUAAGCUCAAUAUUUAUGUAAUUGUUACAUGGAGACAAAUUUUUAAUUUAUGUAAUGUGUUAUGUCGAUGUUAGAUUUAUGAAAUCUACGAAUGACAAUUAUUGUAUUUUUGUGACAAAAGUAAUAUAUAUUUAUGGUAUAGGAUUUCUAAUAAGCAUGAGUAAUCAAGAAAACAACAAAACGUUGCAAGGGAAUUUAAUUAUGUUAUUAAGUGUGCUUCAGAAAUUGCAAAAUUACCAAAUGUUUUAGUAAGGUUCUAAGUUUAAGAAAAACGAAACCUAAAAUUUUAUUUUAAUAUGUACAUAAAUAUGAUUCUGUUGUAAGCAGAUUGAUUUUUAUUGUAAGAGAUACAGUAUUGUAAAUAUUGUGUAAUCGUGAAUUACUAGAUAUCAAUUUAAAAGUAACAGGGAAA